AUAUAUUUAGGAUAGAUAACUUCACCUAAAGAAAUUUUCAGAUAAACGAUUGUAAUGAGAAAUCUAAAACAUGUACACAGCAAGGCAGAAAGUUUAUUGGUUUGCAAUAAAUUCUCGGAUUUCGGUUUUUUUAUUGCAAGUAGUAUUUAAUGCAAUCUGCUCGGAUCAUUAUGCCGAUGCUUUCAAAACACCAUCUGACCCAAAUGAAAAAUAUUUGUUAUUAGAUGGUACAAUUGAAUUUCUUCUUGGAGGAUUGACAAGAUGGGACGCACAAUAUUACAUACACAUUGCAAAAUAUGGAUACACGUACGAGAAUACACUUGCUUUUUUCCCAUUAUUUCCAUUAUCACUGAAAUAUAUCACCGUGGUGCUUAAUAAUAUAGGUUCGUUAAUUCUUAGCUAUAGUAAUAUUAUUGUGAUAAUAGGUUUUGUAAUUAACUUUAUAUGCUUCGUUAAAGCAACGCUCAUUCUUUAUGAUCUCACCGAAGUAGUUUUUAAAAAUACCAAUGUAGCCUACAGAGCAGCCAUACUUUUCUGCAUAAAUCCGGCCAGUAUUUUUUUUACUGCUCUUUACACGGAAUCGAUGUUUGCGUACUUAACAUUUUAUAGUAUGCUAGAAAGUACAAGCAAUAAUCCCUGUGUUUUCAUAUCAUUGGGUCUUUCCACUCUUGUACGAUCCAAUGGCUUAAUCAAUAUUGGAUUUCCAAUCUAUACUUGGUUAAGAAAUUUGUUCACAAAUACUAUUCCAAACUAUAUAUCGGAAAAUCAGCUUUAUCAUUCUAAUAAAAAGUCUUUAUUAUUUAACUUUAGGCAUAUAUUUAUAAGCGUCUCGCAAAUAAUUAGUGUAAUAAUUUUAUCUUUAUUACCAUUUUGCUUUUUACAAAUCUAUAAUUAUACGGAAUUUUGUAAGUUAAAUUACAAUUCGUCGUUUCCCUUGCAUGUGAAACAAUAUGCUCAGAACAAUAAUCUCUUGUUACUUGGGAAACAAGAAUUUCCAUGGUGUUUGUUUAAAAUGCCAAUAGCAUAUUCCUAUGUGCAACGAAAGUAUUGGAACGUUGGCUUUUUAAGAUAUUAUCAGUUACGACAAAUUCCAAAUUUUUGUCUCGCCUUUCCCAUUUUAUAUUUAAUGAUGAAGUGCAGUAUUUGCUUCAUUAAAGAACACAAAUCAAAAUUUUAUACGCUCGAAUUUUUUACUGGUGAAACGGUAAAAGAUAAAAAUCAUCAAGUUUAUCCAAUAGAAAUGUUUGUUUUUGUAAUGCAUGGAUUAUUUUUAACACUUUUCAGUAUAUUUAUGGUACAUAUUCAAGUAAGUACGCGACUUUUAUGUUCUGCUAGUCCCAUAUUAUAUUGGUAUUGCGCCUUGGAAACAAUGCCAAAAUUGUCGAACGACAGUAAGGAAAUUGAAUACGAAAAUCACAGGAAUAUAUUAUCGAAAUGGAAAGUAUUUUUCUUCACGCAACAACAAUAUUUGUGUAUAGAAAAACUAAUUUUCGGAUAUUUUCUUGGAUAUACUAUAGUCGGUUGCUUUAUGUUUUCAAAUUUUUUACCUUGGACGUAAGGAUUGCAAGGGAUGAUUUAAUUUUUGUUACUCUUUAAAAUUACAUUAUGUGUU